UUUUUAGGCAACUGCAAUAAUUACUUUUUUAAUGAAAAGUAGAGAAGCUGUUCAAGACUAACCGCAAUAUGCAUUUAAAGAGAUUGACAAUUACGAUAUUAUACUUCAAGCACCAACUAUGCCCAAUUCUUACAUAAGAUUUAUUGAAAAGUCAGUUGAAGAAUUAGAUACAGAAGUAGAAUAUGAUAUGGAUGAAGAAGAUGCCGCUUGGCUACAAAUUAUAAAUGAACGCAGGGAAUCAUCAGGCUUAGUAGGAAUAUCAAUGGUAUCUUUUGAACUGUUAAUGGAUCGUUUAGAGAAAGAAUCUUAUUUUCUUGUACAAAUGAGCAAAGAAGUUGAUAGUAGUUUAGCAGUCAUUGAUGACAAAGUUGUUUGUUUUAUUUGUCUUGAUGGUAAAUGUCAAAAUUCAAACAUUAUUCUUUUUUGUGAUAUGU